CGCGUGUCCUCCAGCUGGCUCCGAGGUCGGACUGCCGGGACCCACUCUGGUCCUCGAGACUGCGCGCUAGACCGGAUCAGCCAAAAAAAAUAAAAAUAAAUGGACUGCGUUAAAAGCCAGCGGGAGUUUGCGUGUGCGCGCGUGGCUGCGCGCGUGCACCGAUGCUUAAUUGCAGUUUUUCCGCGCGAAUUCCGGCUGUGAAGCGAGUGGGAGACUAGGAGGGCGCAGCUCGUGCGUCUGCGUGGAUUCCUCUUUCUCCGUGGACAGUUUCUCCAACGCUCCUGCGAGACUGAGACGCCUCACUUCUGUCGCCGCCAGCCGGACUGCAGAAGGCGCGCAUCCCUACCUGGCGGACUGCGGCACUCAGGUCAACUCGCGGACGUUCCCGCCCCCUCGCCUAUGAAGCAGUAGGAGCCGAGGAGUCACAGGUGCAUCAUGGGUACCGUCCUCUCGCUGUCACCCAAGUCCGGCUACUACGACCACCGCCCCGGCUCCCUUUGCCGCUACCCCAGCCUCAGCAGCCGCUCGCUAAACAGCCAGAAGGAGCCCGGCGGCGGACUGAAGAGGGGACAGUCCAUCUUCCUGCCGGCGCUCACCUGGAAGCGACUGGUGGCCGCCACCAGGAAGAAGGGCGGCGCCAAGAAGGGCUCCAAUGUCGAGCCUCUCAACAACAACAUAAACAUUUACCAAAAGGACCUCAACCGGGAGAAUGUGAGGAAGUCCCUGUCCUGUGCCAACCUGUCCAACUACGAGGUCCCGGCGGGUCUGGGCUACGGUCUGGGACUGGGCCACGGGUACGGCUACAUGAAACCCCAGCAGCUAUCGGUGAAGAAAGCCCCCCAGGGGACGCUGACCACGUCCCCGAAGCGCGUCAUCGUCCAGGCGUCCACCAGCGAGCUGCUCCGGUGCCUGGGCGAGUUCCUGUGCUGUCGCUGCUACCGCCUCAAGCGCCUGUCCCCCGCCGACCCGGUCCUCUGGCUGCGGGCGGUGGACCGCUCGCUGCUGCUGCAGGGCUGGCAGGACCAGGCCUUCGUCACGCCCGCCAACGUGGUCUUCGUCUACAUGCUGUGUCGGGACGUGGUGGACGGCGACCUGGUGGCGUCGGAGCACGAGCUCCAGGCCACGCUGCUCACCUGCCUCUACCUGUCCUACUCCUACAUGGGCAACGAGAUCUCCUACCCCUUGAAGCCCUUCCUGGUGGAGGCGGGGAAGGAGGCGUUCUGGGACCGCUGCCUCGCCAUCAUCAACGCCACCAGCUCCAAAAUGCUGCGCAUCAACGCGGAUCCUCACUUCUUCACGCAGGUUUUCGCCGAACUCAAACGCGAAGGCGGCUACAGCAGAGUCCUGGACCGGUGAGGAGGAACUCCAUCAAACCACGCGAGACUGGACUUUUUUACGAGCGCUUUACUUGAAAUGUAGCCGCCAUUUGCCGCAGCUGUCCCAUCAAAGCUCGCACGGCGUGUGUCCGCCCUGCCGGCUGUCUCAGCUCCCGCGCGAGGGGAAGCCGUCCACCCAGUCCAGUCAUGGUUUCUUAAAAUGGAUUUUCAUCGGACUACAGAAAAACAAUAAAAAAAAACGUGGUAAAGACGGUUUAAUCCGUCUAAAUUCGUUUUUGUUUUUCCCCCCCUGGACGGAGUCCAGAGGGCAGAGAGAUGGGAACAGCUGCAUGCUGGGUAAGAAUGGCUUUUGUGGGCGGGGACAGUUGCCUGUUUGUGUUCCAAUCAAAGCAGCCUGAUUUAGUGCCUGUUGGUGCUCAGCUGCUUCUCGCCCGCCGCUUGUUGACAGAGCGCCACAGCCCGGGUAUUAAUUAGAUUAGCAGAUUACUACGGACCCCUUACACCCCCCCCCCCCCCCUCCUCCCUCGCUCGUGACCUCCGCUCCCUCUUGUCCACCCUGCAACCCCUGCAGAGGAGUCAGGCCCGCUAAUCCAACCCCAUCGGCGAGCGUUUAAAUGCCUCAUCCUGAAUAGAAGCGCGACACACGUGCGGCGGAAGCUCGGUCGAGCAAGAGUUUGGCGGGUUGGUUCUUCCCGGCGUUGGUGCUCUACUGACUAUAAUCCCCAACAUGAAGGACCUGCUCUACUGAGAUCCAAACAACACAGGCCAAACACCCAGCAGGCCUGAUGUGCGUGAUCUACCAAGACCGCCCUGCAAUAAAAAAAAAAGAAAAAGGGACUAUUUUUAGAGUCCAGGGAUCGGCACCGUUCGCAUUAGAACCGAUACGGUACCAGCUGCCGGUACCUGGGAAUGGAUGUGACCGUACCAAUUUUCAGUACUUUUGUGUGUGUGAAGUAAUAAAAGCUGUUUUUGAUAAGAAAAUCUCAUUUUUACAAAGAGGGUUAGGAUAACUGUUG